AUGGCCCUCAGACCUCACAGCCAGGCACACCAUGGCCCUCAGACCUCACAGCCAGGCACACCAUGGCCCUCAGGCCUCACAGCCAGGCACACCAUGGCCCUCAGACCUCACAGCCAGGCACACCAUGGCCCUCAGACCUCACAGCCAGGCACACCAUGGCCCUCAGACCUCACAGCCAGGCACACCAUGGCCCUCAGAGCCUCACAGCCAGGCCUCACACACCAUGGCCCCAGGGCCUCAGAGCCAGGCACACCAUGCCCUCAGACCUCACAGCCAGGCACACCAUGGCCCUCAGACCUCACAGCCAGGCACACCAUGGCCCUCAGACCUCACAGCCAGGUACACCAUGGCCCUCAGGGCCUCACAGCCAGGCACCCCAUGGCCCUCAGACCUCAGAGCCAGGUACACCAUGGCCCUCAGACCUCACAGCCAGGCACACCAUGGCCCUCAGACCUCACAGCCAGGCACACCAUGGCCCUCAGACCUCACAGCCAGGUACACCAUGGCCCUCAGACCUCACAGCCAGGCAGCCAGGCACACCAUGGCCCUCAGACCUCACCAUGGCCAGACCUCACAGCCAGUCACACCAUGGCCCUCAGACCUCACAGCCAGGCACACCAUGGCCCUCAGACCUCACAGCCAGGUACACCAUGGCCCUCAGACCUCACAGCCAGGCACACCAUGGCCCUCAGACCUCACAGCCAGGCACACCAUGGCCCUCAGACCUCACAGCCAGGCACACCAUGGCCCUCAGACCUCACAGCCAGGUACACCAUGGCCCUCAGACCUCACAGCCAGGCACACCAUGGCCCUCAGACCUCACAGCCAGGCACACCAUGGCCCUCAGACCUCACAGCCAGGUACACCAUGGCCCUCAGGGCCUCACAGCCAGGCACCCCAUGGCCCUCAGACCUCACAGCCAGGCACACCAUGGCCCUCAGGGCCUCACAGCCAGGCACACCAUGGCCCUCAGACCUCACAGCCAGGUACACCAUGGCCCUCAGGGCCUCACAGCCAGGCACACCAUGGCCCUCAGACCUCACAGCCAGGUACACCAUGGCCCUCAGGGCCUCACAGCCAGGCACACCAUGGCCCUCAGGGCCUCACAGCCAGGCACACCAUGGCCCUCAGACCUCACAGCCAGGUACACCAUGGCCCUCAGACCUCACAGCCAGGCACACCAUGGCCCUCAGACCUCACAGCCAGCACACACCAUGGCCCUCAGACCUCACAGCCAGGCACACCAUGGCCCUCAGACCUCACAGCCAGGCACACCAUGGCUCUCAGACCUCACAGCCAGGUACACCAUGGCCCUCAGACCUCACAGCCAGGCACACCAUGGCCCUCAGACCUCACAGCCAGGCACCAUGGCCCUCAGACCUCACAGCCAGCAGGCACACCAUGGCCCUCAGACCUCACAGCCAGGCACACCAUGGCCCUCAGACCUCACAGCCAGGCACACCAUGGCCCUCAGACCUCACAGCCAGGCACACCAUGGCCCUCAGACCUCACAGCCAGGCACACCAUGGCCCUCAGACCUCACAGCCAGGCACACCAUGGCCCUCAGACCUCACAGCCAGGCACACCAUGGCCCUCAGACCUCACAGCCAGGCACACCAUGGCCCUCAGACCUCACAGCCAGGCACACCAUGGCCCUCAGACCUCACAGCCAGGCACAACCAUGGCCCUCAGACCUCACAGACCCUCACAGCCAGGCACACCAUGGCCCUCAGACCUCACAGCCAGGCACACCAUGGCCCUCAGGGCCUCACAGCCAGGCACACCAUGGCCCUCAGACCUCACAGCCAGGCACACCAUGGCCCUCAGACCUCACAGCCAGGCACACCAUGGCGCUCAGACCUCACAGCCAGGCACACCAUGGCCCUCAGACCUCACAGCCAUGGCCCUCAGACCUCACAGCCAGGUACACCAUGGCCCUCAGACCUCACAGCCAGGCACACCAUGGCCCUCAGACCUCACAGCCAGGUACACCAUGGCCCUCAGGGCCUCACUGAAAGACAAGUGAAAUAUGAAUGUUUUAAAAACCCUAAAUAG